UGCUCAGGAACGAAUCAAGGAUUGCCUUAUGGGCAACGAGCCAUGUGUCGAAACGGAGGAACAAAUUUAGAAGUAGGCUGCGUUCAUGAUUUUCAAUGUGCUCCGUAUAGCAUUGUUCCUACUGCAUGUUUAGAUGGAUGUUGCUGCACUGUGCCUCAACCUCCAGCUACCACUCAUUCAUCUGCAGCAAACACUUCUGCAUAUUGUUAUGAUGGUCAACUUUCAAGAAUCCAAUGUGCAAAUUCUGAUCAGUGCAAUUCUAGGGAAACAUGCAUGAAUGGCCUAUGUUGCUUGACACAGCCGAACCAAUAUCUAUAUGCAUGUGGAGGAAUGACAGCUAUAAAUAGUUGCUCAAAUGGCGUUUGCGGUAAUUCUUUAGUUUGUACAACCUCAAAAUACUGCUGUGAAUGUGAAUAUGGCCAGACGGCUGGCCGUUGCACACCGAAUUGCCCAAACGGUUACGAAUGUACAUCAAAUAAUUAUUGUUGUCCGAAAUGUAUGAACCAGAAGGCGCCCUUAGGAUCUUGUUUUCGUGGACAAUGCGCGCCGGGGUAUCGAUGUGUUCCAGGCAACAUAUGCUGUUCAUAA